UGUGUUCUUUCCCCUAGGCAAUGUGAGCAGGGAGCAAGCAAAUCCCCAGCUAAUCAGGCAGGCAAUGUGGAAUGGUGCAGAUCGGGGAGCAGGGACAAUAAAACACCUGACCUCACGGUUUGAGAGGGUUCAGCCAGGGCAAGGCCUGCCCCUGGAAAGUAUAUAAAAUCCUGGCUCUCGGCUUGUUGGACCACGUUGCUGCCCAGCCUUUCCUCUUGUACCAAGCCAGAUGGAUAUCACCGUUCACCAUCCUUUCUUCCGCAGACCCCUGUUAUCCAACCUGUCGCCGAACCGUCUCUUCAACCAGGUUUUUGGGGAGCACAUUGCAGAAUCUGAGCUCAUCCCCAGCACCUCCGCACUCAGCCCUUUCUUCUUGAGACCCUCUCUUCUGAGGACCCCCGGCUGGCUAGAGAGCAGAUUCUCAGAGAUGCGACUGGAUAAGGACAGAUUCUCUGUAAAUAUCGAUGUGAAGCAUUUCUCUCCUGAAGAGUUAAAAGUCAAGGUUCUAGGAGAGGUGAUCGAAAUCCACGGGAAACAUGAGGAACGCCAGGAUGAACAAGGCUUCAUAGCCAGGGAGUUCAACAGGAAGUACAAGAUCCCAGUGGAUGUGGAUCCCCUCUCCAUCACCUCCUCCCUCUCUUCUGAUGGUGUCCUGACAGUGAACGGAUCCAGGAAACCAAUGGAAAUCCCAGAGCGAGCAAUUCCUGUCACCCGGGAGGAAAAAUCUGCACUAGCAGGGGGGCAAAGGAAGUAAACGUCUCUUUGAGACCCAGUCUUUUAUAUCCCAGAAAGCCUUUCUGCCUGUACGCAGCAGGCGGUGUCACUGACUGGCUGCUUUUAUUUAUUUGUGCUAAAAUAAGCAAAUGAGCUUGUUUACUAACAAAUAAACUGAUGUACAAGCA